AUGGAAUUUAUGUAAUUCAAGACCUGGUCGAAAAAUGAAUUUAUUUUAUUUAAAAAUUUUUUCAUUGAAAUACGCAAAGGUAGAUGCUUCAAUUUAUAUAAAGCUAUAAUAAAUAUUAAAUUUAGGGAGAUAAUAAAAAGAUUAGAUUUCUUAGUAUUUUAUAUUCUGGAAAUUUUCUAUUCUCAAUUUUACCUCAUCAUAAAACAAUUCUCUUUUAAGAACAUUAUUUUGAAGUGGAUUGAUCAGUCUAAGAAAGCAAAAUUAAUCUAACAUUUCCACCUUAUGAAUAAAAUCAAUCAGCAUAUAGAUUUUAAUAAUUUUAAAAAAUAUAACAAAGUGUUUACAUUAAUCACAAAAAAGAAAAAUAUAAUAUAAAUAUUUAGAAAAAUAAUUAUUUAUCAUUAUAAUAACAAAUCCAUUACAAGAUAUUAAAAAUGUACCAAGACUAGCCAACAUCUUUUCCAAAAAUAAAGGUAGAUUAGUUUUUUAAGUUAGAUUUUAUUAUUGAUUAAACUUCCAAAUAAGAUUUUAUUAAAUUUAUUUUUUUUAAUGGAGUUAAUUUAGCUUAUAGAAUUUUAAGAUAACAUUUCAAAAUGUUUUGAGUAAAGUAAUUAGUUUAUGAUCAAUCGAAUUAUUAUAAUUAAUACAUAAUAAAAAUGUAAUAAUAAUAAAAUUAUUUUACAACAGGGGUUUGGUUUUAUGGAACAAAAGUAAAUGAAAAAAAGGUUGUAUAUAAAAUUUAUUCUUGUUUUUUACAUUAAACAAUUUAUUUUAUAUAAUAAGGCCAUCAAUUCAAACUUUUUAACUUGA